AUGUUCCGCUGUCAACUUUUUCCUACCCUCUCUCCCAACAGGUUCAUCUUUCUUUUUUUUUUUCGACCUGCUGUUGUCUUCUCUUCUUUUCAGCAGAACUCCUCCUCUUCCAAUCUAAUUUCCUUUCUCUCUUGCAAUUGGAUUUUUAUGGCUUUUCUCGUCUUUUCCCAGUCUUAUUUGAGCUUCUCCUUCCUUUACACUCGCCAUGGUUUUUACCUUUCUUCCUUUCACUCUGAGUUUUCACUUUUCACACUGUGGAGUUUUUCUCUUCAACUUAUUUUUUGUUUGAAUUUUUUUUUUCACCCACCCACAUUCAUUGUUUUGUCUUUGUUCUUCCUCCACCUCUCUCAUUUCCUGUUUUUUUUUCCUUUCCUUCAGUUUUUUUCCUUUUUCCUCUAUAUCUCUCUGUUUUUUUCCAUCCUCUCCUUGCCUCUCUCUUUCUCUCUCUCUCUACAUUUUUCCUCCCUUCUCUCCCCAACAUACUUUUUUCUUCACCCUCACUUUUUGGUUGUUUUUAUCCUUCUCCCACUCUCCCUCUUUCUUUGGGAAUUUCCUCCCACUCUCCCUCUUUCUUUGGGAAUUUCCUCCCACUCUCCCUCUUUCUUUGGGAAUUUCCUCCCACUCUCCCUCUUUCUUUGGGAAUUUCCUCCCACUCUCCCUCUUUCUUUGGGAAUUUCCUCCCUCUAUCUCUUUCUUCAGAGUUUUUUUUUCUCUCCACUCUCCCUCACACUUAAGGAUUUUUUAUUUUACCAUUCCCUCUCAUUGUGUUUUUUCCUUUUCUAUCUCCUCACUCGUCCCCUCCCCCAACCCAUUAAUCUACAACAUUUCAGGCAAUUCAUAACUUUUCUUUCCCCACCCUCUUUUCUUCUCCCUCCGUUUGUAAAAGCAACCAAUCAACUUCCUUCCUUCUUACCAAAUGAAUUCCCUCUUCCUUCAGAAUCUGAUUUGAAAGCCUCAUGUCCACCUGAGCCGCUCAUCCUAGCAUAA